UUGUACGCAAUUAGUCCUUCGAUGCUUCUAUUCCUGAUCUUGGCAACGCUGUGGUGUGCUGUGGAAGAUACGCUCUCGCUUUAUUUCUCCAGCAGGUGGUUUUCCUACGUAAGGCUUUCUACUUCUUUUGAGCCAUGUGGUCAGAUAAGAUGCCGGCUGACGAUGGUAGAUCGAGCAUCGGAUAUCCCAGAGUCCAGAAGAUCAGUCUGGAAACGAUCUGUUGUGGGCUGCUGUAGCAAGGAUACUGUGUUCUUUGUUGACGAGCAUCAUAAAUUGGACAUCUGCAAAGACAACGGAAAUAUAUAGGAUGCGAGUUAAGCAUAGUAUGGAAGAGCGUCUGUUUGAAGCCAAGCUAUCUUGUAAUUUGUCUACACCAUCACAGACUUCUUCUGCUUUUGAAUCAUCGCGUGACCCUGUUGCGGUAUUCGACUGCCUCGAGCUUUCCCUCAGACUCGCACAAAGUAUCCUCUCCACCCUUCUCCAACUUCGCCUCAUUGUCCAUGUUGUUAACACUGGUUUUCAACAUGCUGGUGUCACAUUCGUUCUUCUCAGCUUGGCUCCCGUGUUUGCCGAUAGCAUGUUAAUAAAUAGACAGUUGUGGGGGAAAAAGUAUGUAGUACAACCAGUCAACGAGUCGUAUCUCCGUAAAUCGGCACUCCUUAAGCUUGCGGACGAACGCCUCAAGUCUGAAGUGAUCGCAGCCGGCAUCGAAGACUAUUUAAUUCGAGAAUAUCGCAAGACCCAAGAGAACUUACGCGACAUACCCGAUACGAUGCCUGAAAUGUUGUAUCGAUCGCAGAAUCCUCUAUUUUCGCAAGUGCUUUCUGAAUUGUGUCCGCAAGCUGUCAUGUUAUAUGCUGCGUUCAUUGCGCUGUUCACUCCGUCGAAAAUCUCCCUUGCACAGUUGGCGGUGGUCGAACGAACGAACAUUUCUCUGAGACGAACGUUCACAGAGCUAAUGAUGUGGACUAAUCCUUUACUCGAAACAGUAGCAUCUGUGGAACGGUUCUACGGGGGGUUAGUCAAUAAACCUCAAAUGGUGGACGGAGAAACACCAUACCCACGACCGGGGCACGAUAAUCAGAAAGGAACCGCUGUGGAAUUCAGAAAUGUCUCCUUCAAUUAUCCUGCUGCGAAGACAGAUCGCUCUGCUCUAUCCUCUGUUUCGUUUACGAUCCAACCUGGUCAACUCGUAAUCAUCGUUGGUAGUAAUGGGAGCGGUAAAACGACGAUCCUUAAACUCCUAAGUCGUUUCUACGACGUGAACUCGGGUACGAUUCUCAUCGACGGUGUACCCAUCCAAGAAUAUCGUAUACAAGACUUGCGAAGAAGAUUUGCAAUGCUUACACAGGAACACGACUUGUUUCCGUUAUCUAUUCGAGAGAACAUUGUAUUGGGUGCGCCUGAUGGUGCAGAUCCUGGCAUGGACAAGCCCGAGGUUAUCGCGGAGAUUGUCCAGGAAUCACUGCGACUUUCGGGCGCGGAGAAGACCGUAAAUAAAUUCUCGGAGGGUCUAAACACGACUUUGGAUCCUCGGUCAGAUGGGCACAUUAGUUUUAACGGAAGGGGAGAUGCAGAGUUGGAGAAGAUGCAUGAAUCAUUCACACAAUCAACCAGUGUGUCGGGAGGAGAACGUCAACGACUCGUCGCUGCACGAACGUUCAUGCGACUUCUUUCUACUCCUGUCAAGCUUGUCACGGUCGACGAACCGAGCUCAGCGUUGGAUCCCGCAGGAGAAUUCCAAUUGUUCGCACAUCUUCGCGGUGCGAGGGAAGGCAGGACGAUGUUGUUCGUGACGCACCGGUUUGGGCAUCUAACAAAGCACGCCGAUUUGAUCAUAUGUGUCAAGGAUGGCCAGGUCGUCGAAACGGGGACACAUGUGGAGCUGGUAGCACUGGGAGGGGAGUACGCACAUCUCUAUAAUGUGCAGGCUCAAGCGUUUUCCACCGAGACUUCGUCCCAACGGGAGGAAAUGAGAGACGUUGGAACUACUGUAGGAAUUCCCGGCUAGGGGAGCUCGAGGGAUGCUUGGGUUUGGAGUGUCCUUUCUGGUGCUAACGCCUUUACCGGGUUGACUUGUUAUGUCUACUACACACAUUACACUGUGGCAAUACUGUCAAACGUACAUACGCUGAAUGGUAUGCAUUAGUCGGAGAGGGGCCCUG